CUAGAUCCGUUUGCUGAUGUUGAAGAGAACAAGCAACAAAACGCAAACAAUAUUCACUUGCGUAUACAACAAAGAAACGGUAGAAAGACUUUGACCACUCUCGAAGGACUUCCUAAGGAAUAUGAUUCCAAGAAAAUUCUAAAGACAUUCAAAAAGGAAUUUGCUUGCAACGGCACCAUUGUUGAAGAUGAAGUGCUUGGUUCCAUUUUGCAAUUAAGUGGCGAUCAAAGAGUUAAAAUUGCUGAAUUCCUCGUCAAGGAAGGAAUUGCUAAAAAAGCAGACGUCAAGAUUCACGGUUUCUAG